AUGGCGUCAUCAUCGUCUAGAGUAAGAAGCGGCUCGCCGUUUCAUCACCGGAGACCUUCGAGCCCUUUCUCCUCCGCCUCGUCCUCGUCGUCAAUGAAGACCGGCCGAUUAAUGCCGCGCUCGAACUCUACUUCCGGGGCGUCGUUCUACGGCGGCAGAGGCGGUGAUUAUUCUCGCAGCCGGACGCCGGUGAGUUAUCCGGCGAUGGACGGCCAACUAGCUGACGAGCCAAUGGAUAGUGCUUCGAGAUCGGGGGAUAGCAUUUCAGUGACUAUUAGGUUUCGACCUCUAAAUGACAGGGAAUAUAACAGAGGAGACGAGAUCGCCUGGUAUGCGGAUGGUGACAAAACUGUGCGAAAUGAAUAUAAUCUGAUGACUUCCUAUGCAUUUGAUAAAGUGUUUGGGCCUAAUACAAAUACUCAAGAUGUGUAUGAAGUAGCUGCCCGACCUGUGGUGAAGGCUGCGAUGGAUGGUAUUAAUGGAACUGUAUUUGCUUAUGGAGUUACCAGCAGUGGAAAGACGCACACUAUGCAUGGAGAUCAAACUUCUCCUGGCAUCAUACCGUUGGCCAUAAAGGAUGUAUUCAGCAUAAUCCAAGAAACUCCAGGUCGUGAAUUCUUACUUCGGGUCUCAUAUCUCGAAAUCUACAAUGAGGUGAUUAAUGACUUGCUGGAUCCGACUGCCCAGAAUUUGCGUGUUAGAGAGGACGCACAGGGAACUUAUGUUGAGGGUAUAAAGGAAGAAGUUGUUUUGUCACCUGGACAUGCUCUUUCAUUUAUUGCUGCGGGAGAAGAGCAUCGUCAUGUCGGAUCAAAUAACUUUAACCUCUUCAGCAGCCGUAGUCACACGAUAUUUACGUUGAUGAUUGAAAGUAGUGCACAUGGGGAUGAAUACGAUGGAGUUAUAUUCUCACAGUUGAAUCUGAUCGAUUUAGCUGGAUCGGAAAGCUCAAAAACUGAAACGACUGGGUUAAGAAGAAAGGAAGGAUCCUACAUCAAUAAAAGUCUUCUUACACUUGGAACUGUGAUUGGGAAACUUAGUGAAGGGAAAGCAUCACACAUUCCUUACCGUGACUCAAAGCUUACUCGUCUUUUACAAUCUUCACUUAGUGGGCAUGGGCAUGUUUCGCUUAUAUGUACGAUCACUCCAGCAUCAAGUAAUUUGGAAGAAACCCAUAACACAUUGAAGUUUGCUAGCAGGGCGAAGCGUGUCGAAAUAUACGCUUCACGUAAUAGGAUAAUUGAUGAAAAGUCAUUGAUAAAGAAGUAUCAACGAGAAAUAUCAUCACUGAAAGAAGAACUUGAUCAACUUAGGCGGGGAAUGCUUGUUGGUGUCAAUCAUGAAGAAAUUAUGGUCUUGCGACAGAAGUUGGAAGAAGGGCAAGUCAAAAUGCAAUCGAGACUGGAGGAGGAAGAAGAAGCUAAAUCAGCUUUAAUGAGCAGAAUUCAGAGGCUUACAAAAUUAAUACUCGUGUCAUCAAAGAACACAUUACCAGGAAGCUUAAAUGACAUGCCCUCUCACCAGAAGAGUCUUUCUGCUUCUGAGGAUGAAAAAUUGGAUGUUCUACGUGAUGGUUCUCCUAAACAUGAAGGCGAUAAUCAAAAUGAUUCUUCUUCUGCUAUAACUAUUGCAUCAGAUGCUUAUCAUUUUGAACAUGGAGGAUCAUACAGCAAACGGAAUGAUGGUAUUUCCCAAGAUGGCAGUACUAUAACUGGAACUACUCAAGAUGAGGUUACUAUCUCAGAUCAUAUGGACCUCUUGGUUGAGCAAGUGAAGUUGCUUUCUGGUGAGAUUGCAUUUGGUACCAGCACGCUAAAGCGCCUGUUGGAGCAGUCCGUGAAUGAUCCUGAAAGAUCAAAAACUGAGGAGAUACAGAACUUGGAGCGUGAUAUCCAAGAAAAACGAAAGCAGAUGAGAGCUUUAGAACAGCGUAUGGUUGAAGGGGGUGAAGCUUCAGUUGCUAAUGCAUCUUUAGUGGAAUUGCAGCAGACGGUCAUGAAACUGAAAGCACAGUGCAGUGAGAAGGACUUUGAGCUUGAGAUUAAAUCCGCAGAUAAUCGUGUGCUUCAAGAACAGCUUCAGAAUAAGUGUGCAGAAAAUAAGGAAUUGGAAGAGAAAAUUAACCGCCUGGAGCAACAACUAGCUUCUAGUAGUGACACCAAGUCAUCUCCUGAAAAUCAUGUAAAUGAUGGAUUUACUGGAGAAUUGCGAAAGAAAAUUCAAUCACAGGAACUUGAGAAGGAGAAGCUCAAACUGGAGCAUAUCCAGCUUGUCGAGGAAAAUAGUGGAUUACACGUACAGAAUCAGAAGCUAUCUGAGGAAGCUUCUUACGCCAAGGACCUAGCAUCUGCAGCAGCCAUCGAGCUAAAGAACUUAGCCGGUGAGGUCACCAAGCUUUCCUUUCACAAUGCCAAAUUAGAAAAAGAAUUACAGGCUGCUCGGGAGUCGAGCUCUCGAUCUUCCAGCAGUAAUAACCGAAACCGUAAGAAUAACCGAAAUAGGCUUUCUGGCCGAGCAAAUGACCUUUCGAGUGACUUUGAGUCUGAUGACCUGAAAAUGGAGCUGCAAGCUAUGAAACAAAGGGAAGUUGCUCUAGAAGCUUCUUUAGCUGAGAAGGAGAUUUUGGAGAAUGAGUACAAAAAAAAGUUGGAGGAGUCAAAGAAAAGGGAGGCAGCCCUGGAGAAUGACCUGGCGAAUAUGUGGGUGCUCGUUGCUCGGCUGAAGAAAGAAGUGACUGUUAUGCAGGAAGCUAGGGAUAAUGGCAGGGUGAAUGAAGAUGCUGACCUGGCGAGUGAUGUGAAGAUUGGUGACCUGGACUGCAUGGAUCCGGUUAUCGAAGAUUGUACGAGUCGAGACAAUCUGGAUUCAGUUCCUAUUGUGCCCCAAGAAGAACCUCUUGUUGUGCGCCUGAAAGCUCGAAUGCAGGAGAUGAAGGAGAAAGAAUAUAGAUACACUGGAAAUAUAGAUACAAAUUCUCACAUGUGUAAAGUGUGCUUUGAAUCACCUACAGCCGCAAUGCUUCUGCCAUGUCGACAUUUUAGCUUAUGUAAAACAUGUUCCCUUGCCUGCAUGGAGUGUCCAAUUUGCCGAACAAAGAUCGCAGAUCGGGUUUUUGCAUUUACUUGA